AUGGUACCGUGGAUAGACUCCAUCUCAGUCGGCCGCUUUAUCUACUCUCGCUUCCGCAACCUGAUCCUUGUCUACCUUGCAGCAGGUCCACUGCACAAUAUCUACUUCUCCUCCCAGUUUGCCCCGCUCAUCAUCUUCUUCCUCCUGUUCCUGGCGGUCGUCAAGAACACCAAGCUGCACCACUUUGUGCGCUACAAUGCUAUGCAGGCCGUCAUGUUGGAUAUCGUGGUGAUGCUCAUCCACAUCCUGCGCACCUACCUUCCCCCCCAUGUGGUGUGGAGCCCACUGAAGGACUGGUGGGAUAUGAUCACCUGGGUCAUGUGCUUCUCCACCAUCCUCUACUGCGUCUUCUGGACCCUCAGGGGUUACUAUGCGGACCUGCCGUUGGUGUCCGAAUCAGUGUAUCACCAGGUGCAACUGUCCGAAUAUUCUUGA